AUGGCUGAGCAGCCGAAAAAGCCGACGGGCGGAGCGUUCGGCAGUUGGCUCGCGGAGCAUCGCGCGGAGUUGCAGAAGGAGGUGGGUCCAGGGAAGCCAGGCAGCGAGGUCCCGAAGCUCGCGGGAGUCCGCUGGAAAACCCUCAGUGAGGCCACCAAGGCCACCUACCAGAAGAAGUUCGAGGUGGCCAAAGCCAAGUACGAGAAAGACAUGGCCGCCUUCCUCGCAGCCGGCGGCGAGAAGAAGAGCGGCAAGAGGAAGGCGGAGAAGCCAGGCAAGAAGAAGAAGGAUCCGGAUGCACCAAAGAAGCCUGCAGGGGGGGCCUACGGCUGUUUCCUUGCCAAGAAUCGGGCGGCUUUCGCUGAAGAGUGUAAAGGCAAGCCCGUGACCGCCGUUACCAAGCUUGCGUCCGAAAGAUGGAAGAAAGUGAGCGAGGACCAGAAGAAGAUCUUCCAAAAGGAGUACGAGGCAAAGAAGGCCGAGUAUGCUGAGGCCAUGAAGUCCUACGUGCCACACAGCAACGACGAUGAGGACGCCGAGGAGAAGCCUGCCAAGAAGACGCGGCCGUCUUCGGAGCCAAAGGCAGCGGCAAAACAGACAAAGGAGGACAGCGGCAAAGCUCCCAAAGCCAAGGGAAGGCCGAAGAAGGCGUGA